AUGGACUACUGGCCACGAAAGGGGAGACCUACACUUCUUGCCGCUCUGGAGGCGGCCUGCGAUUCAGUGGAGGAAGACCUCGCUGCCGAAAUUCAACAGAGGUAUGAGGACUGCCAUGAAACUCUCCUAGCAGAGGUUGCUCGGCUUCAAGCGGUUGCGACAAGAGUAGACCAAUUGGAGAAUGAGAACCGGUCUCUUCUCCGGGAACUAGAUCAGCUUCGAAGCAGACAAGACACUUCUCUACCUCUAGCAGCGCGCCCUGCGCUUGCGGAGAUUUCGACCAACACAAAACUUGACGCAUUGGCUACAGGGGCUUCAGAAUACGACUCCGAGAAAGCGAUAGAUUGGAAAAAGAAGUUCUCAAAGCUUGCUGCGCGACACGCGAGUCUCGAACAACGGCAAGAGGAGACACAUCGAUUGGCGAGGAGGUUCCGGCUAGAGCGGGAUGACUGGGUAAAAUACGCCCAGUCGUUAGAGGGGAAGAUCGCAAAACUAGAGAAGAAGGUCCAGCGUAACAAGAACGCUGAUGAACAGCUCCCUCCCUCUAGCAGUGCUAAACCUCGGCCUGCUCCAGCCAACCAAACAGGCGCCUUUUCCGAUCGUGCAGUCCUUGAUUCGAGCAUCGUGGCUAAACCAGAGCAAGCGAUUGACCCUAGGUCACGCGGAGAUCCCGCCCAAGACCCCAGGGACUCUAAAGAAGUAGCGCCAGCGCCGGGGACAUCCUUGCCAGGCUACGCAGGCCCCCUUGACGAAGAGACACAGGAUGGAAGCGAUGGAGCGGAUGACUUGCCGCUACCGCAGGGUACACCCCCGGGUUCUGCGGUCAGGAUCAAAGAGGAAACGUCCUCAGAUGCCCCAGUCAUCGUCUCUGAGAGAACAAUACGCAAACGGAAACACACAGAUGACGAGGUGGGUAUGCCGGCGUCCCCUCGCAGGAUCAAGACCGAGCAGAGCAGUAGCUCGGAACCCAUCAUCACAGGCGAAGCUCCCAUUUUUUGUCCGCACGAGAGCAUUGACCUCGACGAAGAGGAGCGUGAGAUGCCGACGCCAAGGAAGCAGCAGGAAUGGGAAAGCAGGCACAUCCUUCGAGAAGAUAAGGACGUUGCCCCCAUAGAGGAGCGCUUAGUCGAAGCACCCUCAAUCGAGAAACGGGUGUACACAUCAACUCGCGGCUCAGAUUCGUACCUUGAUCGGUCAGCUACGGCAGCUUUAUCUCCGCGCAAGCCGUCAAGAACACACAAGGACCGCGAACGGCCUAUCAGAGCAGGCUGGACUUUGGAUUCGGGGAUUGCGGACGUUGCUGAAGAGACGUUCGAGUCAUUCUACGCCCUCAAACCGAGGCAAGUUGGAAACGGGUCGCAUGAGACACCGACACAUGGGCGCCUACACUCGCUUCUAAACGACAAUUCACCGAAGAAGUCUGGUGCUUUCCUCUCACCGGCUCGCCUGCGGCAUGGCAGUGCCAGCCCUUGCUUUGACAAGGAAAACAUUGAGAAUAUGGCAGCAGAGGAGACCGAGAAACGUAGCGGCGCUCUUGUUAAGCCGGCCCCGAUAGUUAACGCACCCAAGGCCACUCCUCUUCGAAGACAUGACAAAGGCAACCCCUCGAAGCCCGGCCGAUUGCGAGACCGGCCGCCAGCGGGUUUAAGACCGGAAGACUUCAAGGUUAACCCAAGGUCCAAUAACGGGUUUAAGCACGCCUUCGAUGAGGUUGUGCGCAGCAGAGAAGAGCGGGCAGAACUCUCCGGGUGCACCGAUCCCAACUGCUGCGGCAGACAGUUCCGCGCGAUGGCGGAAUCAGAGCUUAGCGCUGGCGGGCUUGGGAUCCUCUCACGGGUAGCCGACAUCAAGAUGAUGGAGGAUUACCUCGGUACCGAGGCUUACCAGCUUGUCGAGAUGACCGGCGAGGAGCGACAAGAGACGUGGCUCAAGGCCAAGAUCCAGGAUUUGGCUAAUCGGCUGGGGAGACACAGGCACAGGUUUGCGAGGCGGCCGUCACCUCCAGGGUAUUGGAACCCAGAUUUCCCCAGCACACAGGAGAUUGAAAAGAACAAGGAGGAAGCGGAAAGGGCUGAGAGGAGUCUUGUCGAAGAGAGAUGGCGAGAGGCAAUGCGACGAGGCAGGUGGCUGUUUCGAGACGAGUAG